GUUGCGAGUCACGUAACCGGCACACGAAGAAGGUUACGAACCAUGAAGAUAAUUUAAAAAUGCCUACUUGUGCAUGAAAGGCAGUGACGACUGUCCACAUCCAGCGACAUGAGCGUCUCCGGUGUCCUGACCGCAGCUGCUCGAAGCUUCACUGUGCCGGUGUCUGCCGCUGGUCUGCUCCGCCGCGGCUCAUUGUGCUCCAUCACCAGAAAAAUGUCAUCUAACUGGCAAAUGGACCAUUUAGAAAGGACAGCUGGCAACUACAGACAAAAUGAUCUGUACCCAGCACAAGUAUGUGGCAUCAUCAAUGAGUCAGAGACGGUGAAACGCUUGAGAUUAACUGUCCAUCCAGACUUCAACUUCCGAGCAGGACAAUGGGUUGACUUCUAUAUCCCUGGCCUAGAUAAGGUGGGGGGGUUUUCCAUGUGCUCCAGCCCAGGCCUACUGCAGAGGGAGGGGGUCAUCGAGCUGGCAGUCAAAUACACCAAACACCCCCCGGCGCACUGGGUUCACACCAUGUGUACGGUGGGAUCCCACGUAGCCAUGCGGGUGGGUGGAAACUUUUUCUUUGAUCCCUCGCUGUCUGACCCUUCGGUUGACUUGCUGCUGGUGGCGGGGGGCGUUGGCAUCAACCCACUCUACUCCAUCCUGCUGCAUGUGGCAGACUUGCUGCGUCUCAACCAUGCCUCCAAUGGGCGUGACUACCACAUAGGCUCCACCCGCCUCUGUUACAGUGCCAAGAACACCCAGGAGCUACUCUUCAAGAACACCAUCAUAGAGCUGUGUCAGGAGUUCCCUGGCAAGUUCUCCUGUGGCUUCCACAUCACCCAGGAAAGCCAGGAGGUAGACCAACAACUCUUGCCAUUUCUCAACCGUUGUCGAAUAACGGCAGCGAGCUUGCAGCCUCAUGUAGACCCUGAAAGGACUGUGUGUUACCUGUGUGGACCCCCACCCAUGAUCGAGGCCGUCUCCCAGACCCUCACAGACUUUGGCCUGCCCAAAGACAGAAUCAUCUUUGAGAAGUGGUGGUAGAGUCAAGCCCACAGUUAUACCUGUGAUUACUUGAAACCCGGGGAGUGAAAAAAGUGGCGACCAACUCCCUCUCAUCCUGCCCUUUGCUCUUCGUUGUAGUUUUGACGGGAAGAUGCAGUGUUGGACCAGGAGUGGAAAUGGAAGUAAAACUGUGCUAUGCCAUGGCCAUUGAUGUGAACACACAUGCUGCAUGGUUGGACACUAUGGGACCUGAGCCCAAAACUGCUGGUGGUGGAGGUGCCAUGCAACAGGGUAUAUUACUCAGACCCCACAAAAUGAAUCUCUGUGGAACAGUAUGGGGCCAUGUAAGAGGAUCUUAUAUAACCACUCUCAUAUUACUCACAUCACCCUCAGACAACAUUUGCUACAGUCCACUGGGUCACUGUAUGUUCAGUUAAUAUUUGAUGGACUGAAUUCUGCUCUUUUGUGCAAAAUGGAAGGCCAGACAGACUUGAGAUGAGCUAGAGACACAAUUUUACUCAGUAUGAUCUAAAAAGACAGGCUGCGUUGACCUGAGAUUGCUUUGCCUUUUCGUGACCAGUACUUCAGCAUAUUGGCUGUAUGUAAGCAGUCAUUCAAGACAUUGGCCUCCUAAACACCACAAGUCUACAACUCUGCCAUCUACAUAUGCAUGUGUGAUGGAAAUAUCUAUUACACAAAUGCUAAACUGCCUGCAGUGGAAUGGCCUACCAGUUUGGUCUUCCCAGCAAUGCAUCAGGUGCUGCCUGAACAAAUGUUAUUUAGGCUUUUCUAGCUGAGAACUCCUGACGCUUUGUUGGAUCAGUGCAAACAAAAGAAAAAUGUAAUCAUAUAAUUUAUAGUUUUCUGAAUUGUUUUUUUUAUGAAAUACCUUUUCCCUCAUUUUAUAAUUUUUUAAGAAAUAUUUGGAGUGACAAGAAAAAUUGUUGCAUAAUGACAUAUAUAUAUAUAUAUAUAUAUAUAUUCAUUUGUUUAUGAAAAUUGAAAUUACUAAGAUGUUUAUAUUAAUUCUAGUUAAAGGUAAACAAUGAAGAUUUACAACAUUAUUGCUAUAUUUAUUGUCUGGCUAACACUACUUGAGCAGCCACAAUAGCAAGCAGACUUCUGCAUGUCUCUGGAAUGGUACCAAAAUUAUGCAGAAAAGUGUCCGCCAGUAACGUCAAUGGUGCACGGUCUGAAUAUGUAAACGCCACUUACUUCCUGGUUUGCUGCUGCUUUCAGUGGGCCGCAUCCUAUCUGGCCACACUGUAUAAGAAAAUGCAAAUAACGCUACAUACACCUGUUGUAGUGAAUACCGCCAAAGAUGGGGAUUCACAGAGAGCCUGGUCACUGGCGGACACUUCGCUGCACAAUUUCGGUGGUGUUUUAGACACACAAGACUGCUCAGUAGUAUGGCUGCUUAAUGGAGUGUAUUCUCUACAACACAUAAAACGUUGAAAAUCAUUAUCGUUUCCAUUUAAAAUGUCAAAGGAGGUAUAGAGAAUUGAAGUGGUGACUUGUUGUGGAAUUACUUUUUUUUUUCUUCAGAUUUUCCCACCCAUGUAUUUUUAGAGAAUCAGAUGUCCCCCACAUACUGGCUUGUGUCCCCAUCUCUCUCUUCCGCUCACUUACACACAGUCAAUCUCUUGCGCACUUAUUUCUGUCUCUCACACACGCAUAGCUGUGCAAUCAUGCACGUACUCACACACCCACAGAACCCGGGCGGGACGAGCAUCCCAUGGUGCACUGUAAUGGAACCUUCCAGGUGGUCCCUGAUUGGCUAGAAUCACCACGCAUCCCUCAGAGACGGCGAGUUUCUCACUCGUCUCUCAGCGGGGGUCGCGUUGUUGAAACUCGUUUUCUUUGUUUCUUCCUCACAUGAGGAAAAACUGCCCAACGCUGAUGUAUGUGAACGCACAAGAAAAUAAAACAGUGGAGUCA